UGUCAUAUAUAUGGCUGCACAUUCUCUUUCUCCUUGCUGCUUUGCUUUGCUGUUAGCUUCAUUAUGUGAAAAAAGCAUAGCUGAUACAAGGCAGGAAUUGUGUGGUUCAGCUGCAGGACACCACAAGCUAGGUUUUACUGAAGAUACUUUUCUUAGCUCAUGUAAGGAGAUGUUGAAAGGCUGCCUGGCAAUGUGGAAUAAAAGACUGCGUUAAUAACCAGUUCUGAAAAGAAAAAAUCUAGUAAGAAUCCCAGCUAAAGCACUGUUAGAAAGUGAAGGAAUACAGAGUUGAGUUGGUUCAUGUGCCUUAGAAAUAACAAACACCGCACUGGAAUAUCCAGAAAGGAAUUAGGACUUGGCAAGGCACCAGCCUUAUUCACCCCAUCCAGCAAGAUGUGGCUGUUGAAAAACAGAAACUUAAGGGUCGAACUCACAUCUUGAACUUCAGUGUUAUUUCUCUUCUACCAUGCAAAUGUGGUAGAAAUAUGCUAGAGCUAUAGGCAGGCAUGUCAAUGUCUUUCAGGGUAGUGGCCUCAGGAAAAAGACUGAAGUAUUAAAUAGAAUUACAUGCACUGGCUUUUUACAUGAUCAAAGUACAACUUUUUACCUCUAGCAUUAACCAGAAAAGAAGGUGAAAGUACCUGGGACUUUGGAUGACAGGAAAGCCUCUCUUACAGGAGGGAGAGGCAAAAAGAGGCUCUGACUAGCAGAGAGUGACAGUGCCUGGGGCUGAGGGGCACUGCAGGCUGGGUGGGAUGAUCUAUCACUGCACCCCUGCUCUGCAGAGAGGGACAGCAUCUCCUCUUUCUAUUCUUUUCCCCAUGGUUAUAGUCCUGCUGGGAAUGGUUUUAUGUUCCUCUCUGAGGUCUAUCUCAGCUUGACUCUUGGCAGUCCUUAAGUGCUCCAGAGCUUCCUGACCCCCUAAGCAAGAUACAUCUUGCAGAAGUCACUGGCCCCCUUCCCAUAUACUUCUCAGCUCAUCUUAAUGUUUGGGUUCAUGUUCUUCCAGGUGACUCCCGGUGCUGUGGUUUGAACAGCUUUAGAUUGAGUUUACACUGAUGCAGGUGUGAUGUGGGCUUUGGCAGUGCAGUCCCUACAUCCAGGAUUAAUUUUUAGAGCAUGUUAGGUACUGGGCCAGCUCCUUCACUCUGACCUGCACCUAAUGUCACGCUGGUAUGGAUGCUAUUUCAGGGCAUAGUAAGCUACCAGAUAAAAGAGGCGGAGGGGAAAGGUGGACCAGAGAAAACAUAAUGUUUUCUCAACUCUGUAGCCAGUUGUCCAUGGGAAACUGCCCCAGGCUCAGGGAUGCAGGCAGUCCCACGAUAUGGAGAACAGAUUUCUCCUCCUUCAUUGUUUCACAAAUUGGAGUGACUUGAACUUUGUCUAGCUGAGGGCUUGGACUGUCCAGCCCAGGGCCCGAGUGCUGUCAGCUGCAUGUUGGGAUAGAAGACAACAAAUGAAAACCAGGUCCCCAAGUCCGGAAUGGAUUUAGGCAUCCAGAGCAGGGCUCAAGUCAGUCAGUUCCCAGCCCAAAGCCUGUGAAAGGGUGGGCCAGGGCCCCAAAUCAGUGUGUGCCGUAGCAGCUCAUACAUGGUAUUUGCAGAAGGGGGACUUAAGCCCAAGCUGCUCAAGUUGGGGAUGGACAUCUUGUACUGACACCUGGACCUCUUCAGUGGCAGAUUAGAGCAUAUGACAGCUCACAGCACAUUGCAGCCUGUAGGUGCUCUUUGAUGCAAAUCCUCUCGUCUGUCAUGCCAGUAGGGCUUGCACAGCACCUAUGCUGGACGCUGUGGGGCUUGCAUAAGCCUUUCUACGCUUGACUAACCUGUGUGAUUGGCUUUCCUUCCCUUCUGCAGCUCAUCUGCUCUUCCUUAGCAUUAGCAAACAUACCAAAUGAUCUCCUGGGUAGAGAUGUGCCAACACCAAGAAAUCCUUAACUUCCCUUCUUACCGUGAUUAACCCUGUUUGACCUCCUCCCACUGACCCUGCUUGGGCAGGAGGGUUGGACCAGGUCCCUCCCCACCUCAACUGUUCUGUAACUCUGUGACCCAGCAGUCCUAUCUUGCAUGCAGCUUUACUCAAGUUUUCAGCCUGAUACUGACAUCAACUUGUCACCCCAGGAUGGGAAGUGCUGAGCAACUGUGGCAGUUGGCUUGACAAUGUGUGUGUGUGCCUCAGCUUAGCACAGCUCCCCUGCCUGGACCAAAUGUCUGCAUUGCCUGUUACCUGGUCUCUCAGCAGCUGAGAGUGGAUGGUUUGGAAAGAGGAGGGCAAGGCCUACAGAGCUGUUUCCCCUGCUAUGAUGCCAGGGCAGAUCCCUGACCCGUCCCUGACGGCUGGUGCGCUGCCUGGGCUCGGCCCCUUGACAGGACUGCCUGGCACAGCCCUGACUGCUGAGGAGCUGAAGUGCGCUGACAUCCGCAACAUCGGGGCCAUGAUCUCACCACUCCACUUCCUGGAGGUGAAGCUUGGAAAGAGACCCCAGCCUGUGAAAAGUGAGCUGGAUGAGGAAGAGGAGAGGAGGAAAAGGCGCCGGGAGAAAAACAAAGUAGCAGCAGCACGAUGUCGUAACAAGAAGAAGGAGAGGACGGAGUUCCUGCAGCGGGAGUCUGAGCGUCUGGAGCUCAUGAAUGCUGAGCUGAAGGCACAGAUAGAAGAGCUGAAACAGGAGAGGCAGCAGCUGAUCCUGAUGCUGAACCGGCACCGUCCCACCUGCAUCGUGCGGACAGACAGCAUCAAGACGCCUGAGAGCGAAGCCAACCCACUGCUGGAGCAGCUAGAGAAGAAGUGAAGGUGGCACUGGGCCAGGAGGAGGAGACAGUGGCGCAGGGUAUUCCAGGGUUUCUAAUGUAUGUACUGUAUGAAGAACUGUGCACCCAGGCCUGGUGCAGCCAGUGCCCAGUGGGCUUCCUUGGGAACUAUGGACCAAACAAAUACGGGGACAGAGAAGAUCAGGAACCUUCAACUAUGUACUGUUGAGGCUGAACCAAGGAGCAGGGCUAGUGGCGCCGGUGAGGGCAACCUCCCUGUGAUACCUCAUCAUGGCCCUUCAGCCUGCUCACGGCCCUCGGGACCCACAAUGCCGCAGCACGUCCGGCGACGACCACAUGCCCCGUGGGGAGAGGGCUGCGUGGUUCCCACCAGCUCUCUGCCCAGCGGCUGCUGCUGCUCCUGGCACACGCUCCGGAGGGAAUCCCGCACCCAAGAACCACAAACACUUGAUGCAGCCCCAUGUGGUGGGCAGGCCUGUCGGGGCUCGGUGGCGCAGGCGCCCCCCGCAAGCACACUCAGUAUAAUGUUUACAGCCCAGCUGUCCAUGUCGGCCGUGCUUUUGAAUGCACAUUUUUACACUUUUUUAAAGUAUUUUUUACAAAGUUUUUAUACAGCGAUCUCUAUAUGGAUUUAUAUAAUCACUAGAUGUGAUCCCAUAGAAAUGUAUGUUACGAUGGUCUGUUUGUUACACAUGCAUAUGCCACAGUUAUCUCCAUUGUGUUACUUGUCUGGUAGCAUCUGGUUUCUCUCCCAGCAUGCUGGGAAGGGGCUCCAAGCUGCCUUCUGCAGUGGUGUCGCUACCCUCUCCAUCCAUGUAUGUCCUUCAUAAUAUUCAGUUCUGUAUCUCUCAGUAAAUGUUACCUUUAUGUA